AAAGAUUGAAAUGCGCAGAGAAAUUGCGCGGUGGACGUGAAUUAAUCGCUGUUAUCGGAUAAAUUCUAACCGGUAAAAUACACUAAUAAAGCAAACGAAAUCGCCGAAUAGUGCAUUUACUAAUGACAGCAACAGCGCAUGACUAGUUUGUGAAUGUCCACUGAUGAUGGCAUCUGGAGAUGGUAGUCCAAUGACAACACCCCCUCCAGGUCCCGCCUACACUCCUGAUAAUAUACAGCGUAUGCAACAGAAUAUAAAGAUGGAAGAAAAAGGUAUGCAGAACAAUGCCCAGUCCUAUGGUCAUAUGCAGAGACCCAGUGGUAUGCAUCCCCAGGGAAUGCAGGGAGGACCUCCGCAGGGUAUGCAAGGGGGCCCUCAGCAGGGUAUGCCAGGAGGACCAGGUGUUAUGGGGACCCAAGGUGGGCCUCAGAACAUGAUGGGCACCCAGAACAUGCAGGGACCGCCACAAGUUGGAAUGCAAGGUCCACAGGGUAUGCAGGGUCAACAGAACAUGCCUGGAGGCACUUCACAAGGAAUGGGAAACAUGCAUCAGCAGGGAAUGCAAGGAGGCAACAUGGGCCCCGUUCCCAACAUGAGCAAUCCUGCUAUGGGUGGUCCAAACAUGACGGCCCCUGGAGGGCCUGGUAUGGGCAGGCCAGGAAUGCAAGGUCCUGGGAUGGCUGGGCCAAACAUGGCUCAGCAAGGCUACAUGAACAACCCAGGCAUGAUGUCAGGCAGCCCAGCUCCAAACAUGGGAGGGCCUAAUCAGGGCAUGCCACAGGGUCAGCAUAUGAACCAGCCCAUGGGUCAGAACAUGCCCGGUCCUGGUCCACAUAUGGGCUCCAGUAUGGGGUCUCCAGGUCCAGCGGGUAACAUGAGUCGGCCUGCGAGCAGCGGUCCUGAGGGACAGCACAUGAAUAUGCAGGGACCGAACCCACAGGGACCUGGUCUCAAUAUGGAUGGAUCAAACUAUAACCAAGGUAUGAACCGCUCUAUGGGUCCUGGACCAGCGGGUCCCAUGAAUCCGAUGCAUUCUGGUGGGGGGCCCAUGGGAGCUGCUGGUCCUAACAUGAUGUCCGGCAACAUGCCACCAAAUCAGCCAAUGAGGAGCGCCAACUUUGUGCCCUCUCAGCUCCACCAGCUACGGGCCCAGAUCAUGGCAUACAAGCUACUCGCCCGCAAUCAGCCCCUGCCUGACCAGCUGAGGAUGAAUAUCGAGGGCAAGAGUGCGGGGACAUUCAGGCCUCCAAUGCCUCGACCGCAGGAUCAGCAGGGGAUGCAGCCAGGGGGUAUGCGUAUACCGCCCCAGCAGCACCCUGGUGGUGGCCCUCAGCCCCCCAACAUGGCUCCCAUGCCCUCCACCAGUGGUCAUUCCCUGUCUCCAAGUAGCCAGAGCUCGUCUUCGAGCACCCAGCCCCUGCCUGUAGGGCCCAGUACCACCCCUCCACAACAGAAAAUGGGCCCUGCAGCAGCUGUAGCUACAACCUCAUCCCAGGCCAUGAUGACCAUGCAGUCUCGCCAGAACAGGAUAGCACCAGUCACCAAACCUGUGGGGCUAGAUCCCAUAGAGCUGCUGAAUGAGCGCGAAAACAGGAUUGCUGCUCGUAUAUCUUCUCGAAUCAAGGAGCUGCAGGGCAUACCUGCCACCCUGUCAGAUGACAUGAAAACCAAGGCAACCGUAGAACUGAGGGCACUACGCCUCCUCAACUUCCAAAGACAGUUGAGACAGGAGGUUGUGGCAUGCAUGCGGCGUGAUACAACCCUGGAGACAGCCUUGAACUUCAAGGCCUACAAGCGGGGCAAGCGUCAGACACUGAGAGAGGCGCGCUCCACAGAGAUACUGGAGAAGAAACAGAAGAUGGAGCAGGAGAGGAAGAGGAGGCAGAAACAUCAGGAGUACCUGAAUGCAGUUCUGGCUCAUGCGAAGGAGUUCAAGGAGUUCCACCGAGGUGUGAAUGCCAAGAUCUCCAAGGUGAACAAGGCCAUCAUCAUGCACCACCAGAACACCGAGCGAGAACAGAAGAAAGAGCAGGAGAGGCUCGAGAAGGAACGUCUACGCAGGCUCAUGGCGGAGGAUGAGGAGGGUUACAGGAAGCUGAUAGACCAGAAGAAGGACAAGCGUCUGAUGUACCUGCUGCAGCAGACGGACGAGUACAUAGACAGUCUCACAGCCCUCGUGGAGCAGCACAAGAUUGACCAGAAGAAAAAACUCAAGAAGAAGAAAAAGAAGAAGAAGUCUGAUGAGGAAGAAAAAGUGGCUGGGGAUGAGACCCAUGUGUCAGUGAUAGAGAAGGCCACUGGGAAGGUGCUGUCUGGAGAGGAGGCCCCAUUGUCAAGUCAACUGAAGGAAUGGCUCGAGGCUAACCCGGGUUAUGAGUUGGCCCCUGAUGAGGAGGAGGAAGAGUCCGGUGAGGAGAGUGGGGAGGAGGAGGAGGAGGAACUCACCACACUAUUCUACGAUGGCGACACUGACAAGAAGGCUGCUGAAGAGUCGGCAGAGAAAAAUGAAGCAGAGAAGAGAGAUGGACCAGGCACUGCGGGUGUGCAUGAUGAUGAGUACAUGAGCAAGAAGAACUACUAUGGGCAGGCCCACGAGAUCAGAGAGAAAGUCACUGACCAGGCCUCCAUACUGGUCAAUGGAAAGCUGAAAGAGUACCAGAUCCGGGGCCUGGAAUGGAUGGUGUCCUUGUACAACAACAACCUCAAUGGCAUUCUGGCUGAUGAGAUGGGUUUGGGCAAGACCAUUCAGACCAUCGGCCUCAUCACCUAUCUUAUGGAGAAAAAGAAAGUGAACGGACCUUUCCUCAUCAUUGUGCCACUCUCGACACUGUCCAACUGGAUGCUGGAGUUUGAGAAGUGGUCUCCCUCCGUGGUGAAGGUUCAGUAUAAGGGGUCCCCCCAGGCCCGCAAGGCCCUCAGCCAGCAACUCAAGAGCGGCAAGUUCAAUGUGCUUCUCACCACAUAUGAGUACGUCAUCAAAGAUAAAGCCAUUCUCGCAAAGAUUCGCUGGAAGUACAUGAUUAUAGAUGAAGGUCAUCGUAUGAAGAACCACCACUGCAAGCUGACUCAGAUUCUCAACACCUACUACAUAGCUCCAUUCCGACUUCUACUCACAGGAACACCCUUACAGAACAAGCUUCCAGAGUUAUGGGCCCUGCUGAACUUCCUGCUGCCCAGCAUCUUCAAGUCAUGCAACUCCUUCGAGCAGUGGUUUAAUGCACCCUUUGCCAUGACAGGAGAAAAGGUUGAGUUGAACGCUGAGGAGUCGCUGCUGAUCAUCCGUCGCCUGCACAAGGUGCUGAGGCCUUUCUUGCUGAGGCGACUAAAGAAGGAAGUCGAGUCUCAGCUGCCAGAUAAGGUUGAGUACGUACUGAAGUGUGACAUGUCAGCCCUUCAACGGUACAUUUACCGACACAUGCAGAACAAGGGUGUGCUGCUUACUGAUGGUUCAGAGAAGGACAAGAAGGGUAAAGGUGGUGCCAAGAUUCUGAUGAACACGAUCAUGCAGUUGAGGAAGAUCUGCAACCAUCCGUUCAUGUUCCAUCACAUAGAGGAGGCAUUCGCAACAGGCCAGGGAGUGUCGGGGGUUGUCACUGGGCCUGAUCUGUACCGUGUGGCGGGCAAGUUUGAGCUGCUGGACCGCAUACUACCCAAGAUGAAGUCCCAGAAUCACAAGGUGCUGCUCUUCUCCCAGAUGACGUCCCUGCUCAGCAUUCUUGAGGACUACUUCCUCUUCAGGGGAUACAGAUACCUCCGGCUCGACGGCACCACAAAGGCAGAGGACCGUGGAGAGCUGCUGGCGCUGUUCAACAAGGAGGACUCCCCCUACUUCAUCUUCAUCCUCAGCACCAGGGCCGGAGGUCUGGGCCUCAACCUGCAGACUGCUGACACGGUCAUCAUAUUCGACUCUGACUGGAACCCUCACCAGGAUCUGCAAGCCCAGGAUCGCGCCCAUCGUAUCGGGCAGACCAACGAGGUGCGUGUGUUGAGGUUCUGUACCGUGAAGAGUGUGGAGGAGAGGAUCCUGGCGGCCGCACGCUUCAAACUCAACGUGGACGAGAAGGUCAUCCAGGCAGGCAUGUUCGACCAGAAGUCAACGGGCUACGAGCGCCAGGUGUUCCUGAAGAAUCUCCUGACUCAGGACGUGGAGAGUGACGAGGUUAGCUCGCCCGUUGAGUCCGAGGAGGACGAGGUGCCUGAUGAUGAGACCAUCAACCAGAUGUUGGCCAGGUCAGAGGAGGAGUUCAACAUCUACCAGCAAAUGGACUUUGAGCGGCGCCGUGAGGAGGCCAAGGCUGUGCCAAGGAAGCCCCGACUGAUGGAGGAGACAGAGCUGCCAUCCUGGAUACUCAAGGAUGAGGCAGAGGUUGAGCGCUUGACAGCGGAGGAGGAGGAGGAGAAGAUGUUUGGUCGCGGCUCCAGGCAGAGGAAGGAGGUCGACUACUCUGACCAACUCACUGAGAAACAGUGGCUCAGGGCAAUAGAGGAUGGAAAUCUUGAUGAAAUUGAGGAGGAAAUGCGUGAGGAAAAGCCUGAAAAGAAGAAAACGGGUCGUAAGCGUAAGAAGGCCCCUGAUGAUCCAGCCCAGAAGUUGAGCCCGGGAGAGACACCCAUUAAGAAAAGGCGUGGCCGCCCGCCAGUGGAGAAGCUGAAACCCAAUCCUCCUAAAGUGGAGGCCCAGCUGAAAAAAUUGCUAGACAUUGUGCUUCGAUACAAGGAUGCUGAUGGAAGAAUGUUGAGUGGAGCAUUUGAAAAGUUGCCUUCAAAGAAGGAAUUACCGGAGUACUAUGAAAUCAUUACCAACCCACUUGACUUCAAGAAAAUAAGGAAGCGUAUCAAGGACCACAAGUACCGAUGCCUGGAGGACCUGGAAGAUGACAUCUUCACUCUCUGUCAGAACGCACAGCUCUACAACGUGGACGGAUCUCAGAUCUAUGAGGACUCUAUAGUGCUGCAGUCUGUGCUGACAAGUGCAAAGGAGCGGCUGACCAAGGACAGCAGUGACUCCAGUGACGACUCCUCUGAUGAUGACACUGACGACAGCAGCGACGACAGCAGUGAUGGAGACGAAACUGACACUCAAUCAACCUCAACUACGAAGUCAAAGACCAAAGACAAGGAUCGUGACAAAUCAAAGUCCAAGUCCAAGUCUGUCUCUAAGACUCCUGGGGCCAUCAGUAGCAAGCGGGCCACACCCACCCGGACCCGCUCUAAACCUGUCAUCAGUGAUGAUGAUGAGGAGGAGGAGGAGGGAGAGGAGGAGAAGGGAGAGGCAGAAGAGGAGGGGGAGGACUAGAUGAAAGGGAUGAGAAUGAUGUAGUAAAGGCUGAUGGUUGAGGGGAAUGAAUGACUCUCACUGACUGGCUUUACUAGAGCCAUGUUGCUCAAUACCUGGACAGUCUUGCAGCCGACAGCCAGUAUAUAUCCACUGCCAGUUAAGCCAACAGCGAAUUACAUUUAAACCCUUUGCAUGGUGGGAUAUUUGUCGUCUGCUAAAUUGGUGUCUGCUGAAUUUCUAAAAUCAUCAUUUUCUUCACUUUUUUUCAAAGACCACUAUCAGAAUAGCAAAGAGUUUGGAUCCUGAUGAGACACCAUGUUAUGUGGCGUCUCAUCUGGAUGCAAACUGUUUGCAAAGGCCUUCAAAAUUCGGUUCCAGCACUGAAUGAGUUAACAGCAACAAAUGCAAUGAUUAAUGCAGCAUGCAUUUGAAAGGUUCAUUUGCAGAAAACUUUAUCUAGAAUAGACACAAAUGUAAAAUUUGAACAUUUAAUUUACAUAAAUAAAGUUAAUGUCUGUUUAUGUAUUUUACUGUAAAAGUUUUGAGGAAGAUGACCUGGACAGUUUAGACCAAAGAAUCCAAAUUUUAAAAUUGUAACAUGAGUUUAAAACGUUAAUGUCUGUAAGCGUACUCGGCGGUUAAAGUAUUGAGCAAGUGGACACAGGCAGUUGAGACCAGGGAAUCAAGGAGGAUUUUGUUAUACAUUGAUUACCAGGAGACUUUUACACUUCACAAUUGUUCAAUGUCUUCUGUAUACCAUCUUAAUAUUAUUUUUUCUGUGCUUUUGUGCUUUGUCGAUGUGUUCAGAUAUCAAAUAUUGUUAAUAUCCACUCACAAGUAAAGAAGAGGUUUUAAAAUCGUUCUUUUUCUAAGAAUAACUAAAUUAUUUCUACAAUUUAUUUUUUACUGGAGAGUUACUUGUUAAAAAGAAACUUUGAAUUUUGAUGUUUGACUUACUCUUGAUUACAUGAACUUUUAACAAACCCAAAUCAUUUUGUAGAACAAUGUUUCAUCCUUUUUUAAAACCUGUUUAAGUUGUUAUUUGUUCACUUGAUUUUCUAGACUCAGUUUGUGUCCCAGUAGAUCUGGGAAUCAUCCAUCAAAACAAGUUCAUCCUUAUAAUCAUGAUAAGAAAUUUCAUGCUUUUCAACCUUAAAUUUUUCCAUAGAUUUUUAGAGAACAAUUUAGUUUGUCAAUAGUGGAAGUUUUAUUGUGUUUGCAGCAUUUUUGGGGACUUUUCAUUUCAAUAUUUUGUUGUACAAUUCCUAUUAGUGUUGUUUAUUGAAUUUGUUUUUGACUUUCUAUGUAGAUUUUUCUUUUAGUUAAUAUAAAAGCCUGUUAAUAUUUGUUAAAAGUUCAUUUCCAAAUCAUUUCAAUAUGACUGUAACAUGCGUGCUAGAAACUUAGAUUUCAUUAUUGUCUGUUUUGUAAAUAUGUUGCAAAUCAGACUGAAUCUGUGUAAAUUCGUUACAAGAAUGCAAAGACUCUUACUGUGGUGUUUUUUCAGCAUGUUGAAUGCAGUUUCCUUUGUAACAAUGUUAUAAACAAAACUUAUUUGUGCAUAAAUGAUAGAUCUUUAUUUUAAAUGAUAAAUUCUGAUUGGCAAAAUAAGUUCAAGGAAAUUGUAUAUGUCAAAAUCUGUUCAUAAUUUUGUUCAUAUAUAUUUUUCUUUCACCCAUUUUUUGGUUCCAUCAUUAAAACUUGAAUAUUGUGCAAUUUUCAUGUAUGUGAAUAAAAUUGUAAAAGAA